GCCUUGUGCAUUUAGCCGCCCAUCAUGAAUUGUGUCUCAAAUUUGGUUAUCGUCAGGUAUCCUUGAAUCCAUUUCGACUACGAACUAUCAGCCUCUGUUUUAAAAGGUUUGAAUUCGUUCCUUGGAAAUGUGGCGGGAAUCGGAUCACAAGAAUCCAAAAUACAUUCAUGGGGGAUUAUUCAGUGAAUUUAAAAAUGUGCUGGAUGCUUCUGAUGAUGAAUUCAAAGCGAUCCACAGAAACUCUCACGAGGCCAUUGACUUGAUGGAAAAGAAAGUUAGAGAUGAAUUUUCUACUGAUGAAACUCGCCUCUCAACUCUGUUGGUUAGAUUCCACGCUAGACUGGGUUCUAAACCUAAUAAUGACAUCCGUCACAAAGUAAACCAAUUAGCAUUGCGACUUUCAACAAUCGAUUGUCGUAGUUGUUCUAUCCACAGGUAUCUGUUUGUUCUGUAUAUAUUAUCCAGCAUCAAAAAUCGUGUUCUUGCAUCCAAAGAAUACCAGGAUAAUUUAGAAACAUUGGUUACCUCUUUAGAGAAUUCAUACAAUUCAUUAAGGACAAUUAUUAUGGAGGUCGAUGCGAUGGAAAGGAAUUUAAUAAGGUUUUCUAGUGAUUGGCGUCUCUCUCAAGAAAGCGUGCUGUCAGAUAUGCGUUCCAUGCAGCAUAUUAAAGAAAAGUAUUUAAAUUUAUCGAAAUCCCUUAGUGAAUCAGAUCGUCAAUUAAGUGAGUUAUUGUCAUCCGUUGAAAAAGCACCUGAUCAGCGCCUUCUGAUGUCAUGGAAGAAAGAAAUUGAGGAAAUCAAAGAACGAAAGGCAAUAUUAUCUAAUCGUGUAGACCAGUACAUGGGGAUUGAUAUCGAUACCACAAAAGCUGAAAAACAAUUAAGCGAUGCUCUUUCUCAAAUGGUAUGGUUUCUUUUGCUGGGAAUAAGUUUUCUUUAUCUCUACUAGGCAUCAGUUGACUCACAGUUACAGAAAAUCAUGGGCUUCAACGCAUGGAAUUAGAGCUAACUCCUCAAUAGAAAGCACUUACACCUCAAAAGCUUGUUGUAUCUUGUCUAUUUCACUGAUUACUUGGGUAUAAGCAUUCAUUGCCAAACGGAACAGCACGAUCUCUUGACUUUUUUGUCGACAUAUAUUUAUACUGUUAAUUUACUUAUAAAAAAGAUUUUAGUCUCAAACAUUCUUAUAAUUCUACUUCUAUGUUCAUACACAUGUCAUAACUUUUGUUUCGGAAAGACGUAACAAUAGGAAUUUAAGCAGUUUCCUGAUUCUUGAUCAUAAUCAAAUUAUUGACAUAGUUAUGAGGAGUUAGUUCUUACGUAGGUUAAAGUUUUGGUUUUUAUGUAUUGUAGUUCCAAAGAAUUUUUAUAAUUUCUCAUAUGAAAACAUUGAUUUCUUCGAAAUUGGUUGCACUGGAGCUGACGAUUCUCUUCUUUGACAUCUAGCUUUCGAACAUAAUGUCAUUUUGUAUUUUUUUAUUUUGAAACAACCUGUUCUUUCUUGUGAGACUCCAUUAUACUGGUAACGUUUUUUCCAGGUGCUAGUUUGUUUUGGCCUGUCUGUCGGUUAGCAUUGCAUAGUAUGAUACUAAAUUAUAGCCCAUAUAUCAAACUUGAACAGAAUUGCUUUGUUCAGGAUUACCAUCAUUUUGAUUUUCCUCAGCUGAAUGAAUCUUGCGGAUUAUUCCACAAUAAUGUUAAUGUAGUUCUGUCUUGCUUACCUAGGUUAUUCGAUAGUAUCUAAACAAAUCAUUUGAAUGUUUUUACUUUUGACCACUGAUGGCUAGAUGAUAGGUUUCUCGUGAAUUAUUCUUUAUCAGAAUGAGGAUUUGUG